ACCAGCACGGAGGCAGCAAGGCCCUUCUCUUCCCCAGGACGCGGAGUCCCCAGAGGAAGAUGUCAGAAGGGGUGGGCUCCUUCCGCUUGGUCUCCGAGGAGGAGCAGGUGCUGCGGGCCCAGCUGCAGCAGCUCACCACUGAGGACCACGGCCCCGUCUUUGGCAGGUGCAGCCAGCUGCCCCGCCACACCUUGCAGAAGGCCAAGGAUGAGUUGAAUGAGCGGGAGGAGGCUCGGGAGGAGGCGGUCCGGGAGCUGCGGGCGCUGGUGCAGGAGCAGGCCGCGUCUGGGGAGGAGCUGGCCCGGGCGGUGGCCGACAGGGUCCAGGGAAGGGAUGGCGCCUUCUUCCUUCGCUUCAUCCGGGCUCGCAAGUUCAACGUGGGUCGUGCCUAUGAGCUGCUCAGAGGUUACGUGCACUUCCGGCUGCAGUACCCAGAACUCUUCGACAGCCUGUCUCUGGAGGCCGUCCGCUGCACCAUCGAGGCCGGCUACCCUGGGGUCCUCUCCAGCAGGGAUAAGUAUGGCCGGGUGGUCAUGCUCUUCAGCAUCGAGAACUGGCACGCUGAAGAAAUCACUUUCGAUGAGAUCUUGCAGGCGUAUUGCUUCAUCCUGGAGAAGCUGCUGGAGAAUGAGGAAACACAAAUCAAUGGCUUCUGCAUCGUCGAGAACUUCAAGGGCUUUACCAUGCAGCAGGCUGCGGGGCUGCGGGCCUCGGAUCUCAGGAAGAUGGUGGACAUGCUGCAGGAUUCCUUCCCCGCCCGGUUCAAAGCCAUCCACUUCAUCCACCAGCCGUGGUAUUUCACUACCACCUACAACAUGGUUAGGCCCUUCUUGAAGAGCAAGCUGCUGCAGAGGGUCUUUGUCCAUGGAGAUGACCUCUCGGGCUUCUUCCAGGAGAUUGCUGAGACCAUCCUGCCCGCUGACUUUGGGGGUACACUGCCCAAGUAUGACGGCAAGGUGGUUGCCGAGCAGCUCUUUGGCCCCCGGGUCCAAGCUGAGAACACAGCCUUGUGAGCCUGCAUCUGGCCUGCAUGGGAGCCCUCGUUAGCAUCCUGGCCCUGCCCCGCUGGCUGGCUGU